AUGGCGCCGAUGUUAGUACCUCUGAAAUGCGGCUUUCACUUUCAAAGACGAAAAUUAGCGCUUCUCCUUCGACAGACGAGCUCAUAUCAUGUUUGGAAUAAAAGCCGGAAUGACAACGGGGCAGACCGCAAACGACAAAGUUCAUAUGUGUUGAGUUCCUCUCCAAACUUAAGAACAGCUACAUGGAUUACAAACAGAAGCCCAAACAGUCACCAGAUUUUGGAGGCAGCAAAACAUUUGCAGAUAGUCGACAAACGAACUUGUUGGCAUGGACACGCUGGUGGAGGUUUAAGUUCAGAUCCAAAGAAUGUGCUCAAGGAGGUGAAUUCAGCCAAGAUUCUGUCUGCGAUGCUGUCUUACGUUUGGCCCAAGGACAGACCAGACCUGCGGGCCCGUGUUGCCAUCUCUCUGGGUUUGCUGGCUGGAGCCAAGAUCACCAAUGUGAUUGUGCCCUUCAUGUUUAAGUAUGCAGUGGACGAGCUUAACCAGAUGUCGGGACACAUGCUGAACCUGAAUGACGCGCCAAGCACUGUGGCUACCAUGGCAACGGCCGUGCUGAUUGGCUAUGGUGUGUCACGGGCUUGUGCAGCUCUCUUCAAUGAGCUAAGGAACAUUGUGUUCGGUAAAGUGGCUCAGAGCUCUAUCCGACGCAUUGCCAAGAAUGUAUUCCUCCACUUGCACAACCUGGAUCUGGGUUUCCAUCUCAGCCGCCAGACUGGAGCACUGUCCAAAGCUAUCGACCGUGGCACACGGGGCAUCUCUUUUGUCCUUAGUGCGCUCAUCUUCAAUCUAGGACCUACAGUCUUCGAGAUGGGCCUUGUCAGCGCCAUCCUGUAUUACAAGUGUGGUGGACAGUUUGCAGCAGCGGCCCUGGGUACCUUAUCGGCAUACACUGCUUUCACCAUUCUCGUCACUCAGUGGAGGACUCAAUUCCGUAUACAAAUGAAUAAAGCUGACAAUGAAGCUGGCAAUGCAGCUAUUGACUCUCUUCUGAACUAUGAGACUGUUAAGUACUUCAACAAUGAAAAAUAUGAAGCUGAAAGGUAUGAUGGUUUCCUAAAGAUCUACGAGUCAUCUUCUUUAAAAACCACAUCCACACUCGCCAUGCUAAACUUUGGUCAAAGUGCCAUCUUCAGUGUCGGUUUGACUGCGAUCAUGUUGUUGGCGAGCAAGGGCAUUUCAGCAGGUACAAUGACAGUGGGAGACCUGGUGAUGGUGAACGGCCUGCUCUUUCAGCUCUCCCUCCCCCUCAACUUUCUGGGUACAGUUUACAGAGAGACGAGGCAGGCGCUAAUAGACAUGAACACACUGUUCACCCUGCUUGCCGUCGACACCAAGAUCAAGGAGAAGGAUCUUGCACCAGUCUUAACCAUCACACCACAGGAGGCUACCAUUCGCUUUGAGGAUGUCUACUUUGAAUACCUGGAGGGCCAGAAAGUCUUGAAUGGAGUGUCAUUUGAAGUACCUGCUGGGAAGAAGGUGGCUAUAGUUGGAGGCAGCGGGUCAGGGAAGAGCACCAUUGUGCGGCUCUUGUUCCGCUUCUAUGAGCCCCAGCGGGGGAACAUCUACAUAGCAGGGCAAAAUAUUCGAGACGUCAGCCUUGAGAGCCUGAGGAAGGCUUUAGGAGUCGUCCCACAGGAUGCCGUUCUGUUCCACAACACCAUCUUCUACAACCUGCAGUACGGUAACAUCAACGCUACACCAGAGGAGGUGUACCAAGUGGCACGUCUAGCAGGCAUCCAUGAUGCUAUCCUCAGGAUGCCUCAUGGCUAUAACACCCAAGUUGGGGAACGGGGCCUCAAGCUGUCAGGUGGUGAGAAGCAACGUGUUGCCAUCGCCCGAGCAAUAUUAAAAAACCCACCCAUCCUGCUGUACGACGAAGCAACGUCUUCCCUUGACUCCAUCACAGAGGAGAACAUUCUGAGUUCAAUGAAGGAGAUGGUGAAGGACAGGACAUCGGUGUUUAUUGCCCACAGGCUUUCUACAAUUGUAGAUGCAGACGAGAUCAUAGUGCUCAAUGAGGGUAAAGUGGCAGAGCGCGGCAAUCACCUCACCCUUGUCAGCACCCCUGGCAGCUUAUACGCAGACUUGUGGAACACCCAGAACAGCAAAAUCGUGAACAACAGCACGAGCUUGCUGGAGCCGCCGGCUGAGCGCCUGUCCCAGAAGGAGGAGGAGAGGAAGAAACUGCAGGAGGAGAUCCUCAACAGUGUGAAGGGCUGUGGGAACUGCUCCUGCUGAGAGAAGCUGCCACCUCCAUCUCUUUUCUUCCCGCACAGAUGGCCUACACUGGAAUCCCUGGUUUGUGGGAAGGAGGGGGAACAUCCCCGUAACCCACUCCCACUCCGGCCAAGCCUCCACCCAUGUGACUAUCUCUCCUCCUCCUGUUAAUAAAGGCCAUUGCUCGCCAAAGUGAAGGAGGAGGAGCAGAACAGGGAGCAAGUGUGUUUAGCACUGGCUGGUGUCCAGAGAUAGAGCUUCUAUGCCAGUUGCCUCAGCUGAAGCCAAGCAUAAGAGACCUCGUAUAUCACAUACGUGUGUGAAAGACAUCUGUUAGUCAACAUGGUUGCCCCCUCCUCCUCAUUUUUGACAUCAGGUUUAUUGACAUUUUCUAUUGCACUGGGAACAGAUGAGAGUACACGUAAUGACUUACGCAUGCCUUGAUGUGGCCACAAAAUUUGUAUUGAUUUAAUUUUUUUAAUGAUUUUCAACAAUUGAACCACUAGCUUCUUUUUAUAAUGAAUGUGCACAUUGUUAUAUUGUGCAACCAGUUUAUCACAUUUAAAAUGUGGAAUUAUAAAUUCAGUACAUUUUCUCACAACACUUUUUUGCCAAAGCUGAGAUUUUAGUGUUUUGGUUGUGAUGUACACAUAUCCAUAACAUGACUUUUAAACAGUGUUUUAAAAUAAACCUCUGAAGUCCUCUUGCUGAAUCACAAAUGAUGUGGAUAUUUGGAUUCAUGAACAUACACAACAGCUCCCCAGUGAAUUAAGAGUAUGUUACAGUCAUGGAAGUAUAACACUGACAGAGUUACUAAUAAAUCAUGAAUGGUUUUCACCACAAAUGGAGCCACAGUGCGAGACGACUUGAAAGCCUCCUUUGGGAGCGUUUUCCUGUCAUAUCAUUUUGCUUUGUUUGACGGGUCUCUUCUAAUGAAAAGUUAUGUUUGGCGUUUUAACAAUGCUAAGACAGGUUUUUGGGUUGUCUGAUCAGACUGUGUAGACCUCUCCCUGAAGCUUACAUGUAAAUGUUAAUAUUUAAAGACCAACACUGCGAGUUAGUCCUCAUUUUCCGAGGACUGAUUUGGCUGUGAUACGCACAUUUUGGUAGAAAUCUUGCUAUAUUAUAUCUGUAUAUGAAAAGAAUAUUAGUUGUCAACACACUAUGUUCAGCCUGUUUGAUAUGUCAUGUUCUGAUACAUGUUGACUGUGUGGUUUAAUUGAAGCCUAAUUAAUAAACACUGGCUUUUGUCUAAGCAAA